ACCUUUAAGGACGUGGCUGUGGACUUCUCCCAAGAGGAGUGGGGGCAGCUGGACCUUGUUCAGAGGACCCUGUACCGUGACGUGAUGCUGGAGACCUUCAGGCACUUGCUCUCUGUCGGGAACGAGAUCGCCAAGCCUGCGGUCAUCUCCCUGUUGGAGCAAGGAGAAGAGCCAUGGACUGUGGAGAGAGAAUAUCCUCGAAGCACUUGUCCAGAGUGGAUGAGGAGUACUGAAAGGAAAGCUUUGAUCUCAACACAGAGCGUUUUUGAAGGACAAUCCCAUAGCAUGAAAUUGGAAAGGUACAUAUGGGAUAAUCCUUGGUUAUCGAGGGUAAAAGUCUUGGGAUGUGAAGAUCAAUUAGAAAUGUUUCAUAUGAACCAGAAUCGAGCUAUGAAACAAAUGAUCUUCAUGCAAAAGCAAAUACUGUCCCAAAGAGACUCUGAAUUCUGUGAACUCAGAUCAGACUACAACCAGAGCUUAAACAUUGUUCCAUUUCAGAGAGUUUCUCAGAAAGAACACUUACAUAAGCCUGGUACACAUGCUGAAAGUUGGAGAUAUAAGUCAGCAAUAAUGUAUGCAGACAGAAUUGCCUGUGAAAAUAAUGAUUUUGGUGAGACUUUCAACCACAUUCAACCUGUUUUCCCUACAAGAAUACAGACUGGGGAAAGUCUUUUCAAAUUCACCGAUGCUGUUAAAUCUUUCAAUGAAAUACUACAUUUUGGUGAUCAUAAGAGAAUUCAUACAGGAGAGAAACUCUAUGAAUAUAAGGAAUGCCAUCAAAUCUUUAACCAGAGCCCAUCAUUUAAUGAACUCUCAAGACUUCCUACUGGAGAAAACCAGUAUGAUUAUAAAGAGUAUGAGAAUGUCUUUUACUUCUCAUCCAUUAUGGAACAUCCAAAAAUGGGAUCUGAAGAGAAAGCUUGUAAGUACAAUGAAUGGGAGAAAGUCUUUGGAUAUGACUCCUUCCUCACUCAGCAUACAAGCACUUACACGGCAGAGAAACCCUAUGAAUUUAAUGAAUGUGGGACGUCUUUCAUCUGGAGCUCAUACCUCAUCCAACAUAAGAAAGCUCAUGGUGGAGAAAAACCCUAUGAAUGUGAUAAGUGUGGGAAGGUUUUCAGAAGCCGUUCGGCCCUGACUAAACAUGAACGAAGCCACAGUGGCAUAAAGCCCUAUGAAUGUAAUAAAUGUGGCAAAGCCUUCAGCUGGAACUCUCAUCUUAUUGUCCACAAGAGGAUUCACACAGGAGAGAAGCCGUACGUGUGUAAUGAAUGUGGGAAGUCUUUCAACUGGAACUCGCAUCUCAUUGGCCAUCAGAGGACUCAUACUGGAGAGAAGCCUUUUGAGUGUUCAGAGUGUGGGAAGUCCUUCAGCUGGAGCUCCCACCUCAUUGCCCACAUGAGGAUGCACACUGGUGAGAAGCCCUUCAAGUGUGAUGAGUGUGAAAAGGCGUUCAGAGAUUACUCUGCUCUUAGUAAACAUGAAAGAACUCACUCUGGAGCAAAACCGUAUAAGUGUACUGAGUGUGGAAAGUCCUUCAGCUGGAGCUCCCACCUGAUUGCCCAUCAAAGAACCCACACAGGAGAGAAACCCUACAACUGCCAGGAGUGUGGGAAAGCCUUCAGAGAGCGCUCAGCGCUCACGAAACACGAGAUCAUCCAUUCUGGGAUCAAGCCCUAUGAGUGCAACAAGUGUGGCAAGUGCUGCAGCCAGAUGGCUCACCUCGUCAGGCAUCAGAGGACGCACACGGGGGAGAAGCCCUACGAAUGCAGUAAAUGUGGGAAAUCCUUCAGCCAGAGCUGUCACCUCGUUGCGCACCGGAGAAUUCACACUGGCGAGAAGCCCUAUAAAUGCACUCAGUGUGACAGGUCCUUUAACUGCAGUUCUCACCUGAUCGCACACCGGAGAACGCACACUGGGGAGAAACCGUACCGGUGUAACGAGUGUGGGAAGGCAUUCAACGAGAGUUCUUCCCUCAUUGUACACCUGAGAAACCACACUGGAGAAAAACCCUACAAAUGCAGUCACUGUGAGAAGGCUUUCUGCAAGAAUUCCUCCCUCAUUAUCCACCAGAGAAUGCAUAGUGGAGAGAGGCGCUUUAUAUGCAACCGAUGUGGGCAGGCCUUCAGUGGCCACUCGGCUCUCCUUCAGCAUCUGCGGAACCACAGUGAAGAGAAACUCUGA